CUCUUCUUUGACACGCCGCAAAAGCAGAAAUGAUGCACGUCCUGCUCCUACGUGAAAGUAUUGCUGCGUUCGUGGUGCCUUGCAAGUGGUAAUUUUCAAGUUUGUAAUGCGUGGCCAUGUUGAUUUGACUUCACUCCGUGAACGGCGAAGGAGCUGGUUGAGAAGACUGCUUCAAGUUGAUGAGUUAAAUUGCAAGUUGAGUGUGCGUUUUUGCAGGCUUUUAACGGCUGUAGUCAGGGAGCUACAAGUUGCAACUUCUCCUCGAACGCAGAAUAAAUGCUGCGGUAUACAGACACAGAACUCGGUGAAAACUAUAACACUGACAAUACUAAUUGCUGUUUUGAGAAGGAGCGUGCUGGGAACAGUCCCUAUUCCCAUAAUGCCUUGAAUCUUAAGUACAAGCUGGACAAUGAAUUUGAGCUUGUGUUUGUGGUGGGGUUUCAGAAAAUUCUGACACUAACGUAUGUGGACAAAUUAAUAGAUGAUGUCCAGCUUCACUUCAGAGAUCGUUAUAAAAAUGAGCUGGAGCAGCGGGAUGCCCUGAAGUUCUUGAUCCGUUGUUUUGAGUUUGAUGAUGACUUUCAAAGGCUUCUGCGUGUGGUGGAAGCUGAAAGCAUAGCUAAACCCCAAAAGGCCAUGCGGACUUACAGUGAGUCCCAGAAAUCUCAGAAAACUGUGAAAUCCAUGAUUGAGACAAAAAGUGGAGACAAAAGCAAGGAGUCCACUGGCAAGAAGAAUAAACAUAACAAGAAAGAAGUGAGCACUGUUGGGGCCAUAAUCCGGAAGUGGAAAGAACAUCAUUUCACCAUAAACCGGUCACGACCAGGUGCUCCUUGCGAGAUUUCUGGCAGAGGAGUGAAAAGAAUUAUCAGAAGAGUUGUCCAAGAGCCAAGGACCACUUGUGGAGAGCUUCAGAAACACCUGGAAUUAGCAGCAGGAGCAGGAGGAGGGGAACAAGUUGAGCCUUCCCAGGCCAGCUCUAAGAAGGCAGUGGAUAAUAGGAAUCAGGGCCUGAGCCAGGAGGAGAUCAUUCAGAAGAACCUUGCUGAGUUCAUCCGCAGGCAAGCAGGUGGACGAACAGAAAAGUCUAAUAAAUCCCCUAAACCCCAGAAGCCAAAGGGGAAGGAGAAAAGAAUUUGGGAUAUGGGUGGUACAAGUACCAAAGACCUAGACUACAGUGGAACCAAUAACAAGAGUACAUUUAAUAACCAAGGGCAAGAUGAGGAGUUCCCAGCUGAAACACAAAUCCAGGUGGGCUCUAUGAAGGGUGAACUGCGAGAUGUGGACUAUGAGUCCUCUGAGGAUAUUGAUGAAGAAGAGGAGGAACGAAAAGACAUGUUAGUGACUCUUGAUGUCAGCAGAAAAGGAGCCAGAAAAGGUGGUAUUGGUGGUAUGUUUGGAGUGCUGAAAGGUCUGGUUGGCUCAAAGACCCUGACUCGGCAAGAUAUGGAACCUGUUUUGGAGAAGAUGAAAGACCACCUAAUUGCUAAGAAUGUAGCAGCUGACAUUGCCUCACAACUUUGCGAUUCUGUGGCCAGGAAACUGGAAGGGAAGGUCAUGGGAACUUUCACCACUGUGGCGUCUAUGGUAAAGCAAGCUCUGCAGGAUGCACUGGUGCAAAUCUUGCAGCCAAAACGAAGAGUGGACAUUCUUAGAGAUGUACUUGAGGCACAGGCUCAGCACAAGCCUUUCGUCAUUACCUUCUGCGGGGUCAAUGGAGUUGGCAAGUCGACCAACCUUGCCAAGAUCUCAUACUGGCUAAUUGAAAAUGGUUUCUCAGUGUUGAUCGCUGCAUGUGACACAUUUCGUGCGGGUGCAGUGGAACAGCUGAGGACUCACCAACGACGACUGAACUCACUGCACCCACCACAGCAGCACGGACGCCCUGUUGUUCAGCUCUUUGAAAGAGGUUAUGGCAAGGACGCCGCCGGCAUUGCAAUGGAGGCUAUUGCUUACGCCCGUAAUCAGGGGUUUGAUGUUGUGCUGGUGGACACAGCUGGCCGCAUGCAAGAUAAUGCUCCACUAAUGACUGCUCUGGCUAAACUUAUUGCUGUCAAUACUCCAGACUUGGUGCUGUUUGUAGGAGAGGCUUUGGUGGGCAAUGAGGCUGUGGAUCAGCUGGUUAAGUUUAACCAGGCACUGGCUGAUCAUUCAAUGUCUGAUCAUCCGAGACUCAUAGAUGGCAUUGUUCUCACCAAGUUUGACACUAUUGAUGAUAAGGUUGGUGCUGCAAUUUCCAUGACCUACAUCACAAGUCAGCCCAUUGUGUUUGUAGGUACAGGACAAACCUAUAAUGACCUCCGCAGCCUCAAUGCCAGAGCUGUUGUAAACGCGCUCAUGAAGGCCUGAGUUGUGUGCAGAAUUAUGUGCAUGAAGGUGUUCAAUUGGAUCUGGUUAAGGGUUGACCAGCCAGUUGCCACCACUUAUAGUGUUAAAGUCUUAAGAGACUGAACCCUUUUAUUUCAGGUCUUACUAGAAAUCAUGAACAUACCUGUUUCUUCAAAUUCGACUUUGCAAAACUUAAUUUAAGCGAAAGUUUUAAAAUGUCUUGAAGGUAUUUGGGGUUAUUUACAAUAUUGUAUUCCAGAACCUGGCCUAGUGAAGUACUAGUGAUUGACCAGUGCUUAUGAAAGUCUCAACACAGCUAAUGUCUGCUUGCAGCAUCAGUACUAAAGUGAUUAUUACAGCAUCAUAGCACAAAAACUUUCAUCCUAUUCCAUCUUGGAAGACUGUGUUGAUGUUUAGCAAGGUGAUAGAAUAGGAAUCAAUAUUUUACUUCCGUCAUCUCUUGCUCCCUGGGCACAACCCCUAGUGCUGCUAAGCUCUCUGCCCAAAGGUAGAAAUCAAAUACAAUAAAGGAAAUCAAAUUCUGACUGUA